ACACACACACACAUUGACUGAUUAUUGACUGGUUUAUUGGCCAAAGAAUAUUAAAUUUUUACACCUUGCAGACAUACGUUUAUCUGUCUGUAGCUAUUUUCAGCUGGCACCACACACUAACCAUGUCGGACAAUCGUUUCAAGCACCGUCUCUCGUCUCACCGUCGAUGAUAUAUAAAAAUUCAAUGAGGAGGAAGUAUGUGAUCUGAUAAAGGUGGAGGCUCUUCAUAAUAGAACUUUAUUGGACACUUUUGUCCACUACUUUGAGUUUACGCGCAGUAGGUUACGAAAGCCAACAACCCAAUUGAUGCAUGUGGCUGACCUGUGUUAACGAAGCAGAACUCUUUUUGUUUGCUGUUCACUGACAAGUCGUUAAAGGUUUCAUUUUGUAACCAAAUGUAUAUAUUGCAUGUUCAUUAUGUGAUACAUUUAAACAGUGUUUAACGGACGGUCAACGAAUGGUAAAAUGUCAGUUCAGGACAGUGAACAUUGUCCAGUGUUAAACAUAAUAAAUGAUCAACAUAUCACCGUCAUUUGAAAAAUAACUUGCAUAACAACUUACAAGUCACAAUGUGUAUUCAUUCUUUAAAGCCGCAUGUGUGCUACUUUACAGAUUACGUUUUGUGUAAGCACCUGACAAGGAAUACAAUAAUAUCGAUUCACUUCUCCUUGUCUUUUAAGAGGAGUUGAAUUCUCACUGAACACUGUAUACUGUAUUUGAUGAGUUUCGAAUCAAUCAAUAUUCCCUUUGUUCUACACGUCUAACCCGGGGGGUAAACUAUUUAUUUUCGCAGAUGAUGAGCAAGUACGAGUCUGCGUUUGUGUUUAAGCUAAUGAGAUUACAAAAUCGGGCCGAAUAACUGGUUAUUUAUUGAACCUCUGUGACAGAAGAAGGACGUUCAGUACACUAUGGAGUGUUGUGUAAUCGCUCUCGUGCUGACUUAUCUUGCAAACCUAGUGUCUCCUUUAGUCAAGACAGGUUUUGGACAUAAGUGGGAAAAUUUCACAAAUAUCAAAAUAACAACUGACAUCCUAUCUGAAGUUUCCAAUAUUCAAAGCUCUGUUGAAUGUGUGUCGCUGUGUCUUAUGACCGAGGCGUGUGUGUCUGUGUUCUACAGACGACAACAUCGACGGUGUCAGCUCCAUGACGUGUUGUUCAUGUCGCCCCAGGAUGGACAAGAGGAGGCGGGAACGGUGUACUACAGUCUUAGUUCAGGUGCUUGUCCGCCCGGCUACAUCCACAACCGCCUCCUAAACUUUUGCUAUCAGCUUCAUCUUGACAAGAUCCCCUACAUCGAGAGUCUUGCUGACUGUAGAUCAAGAGGAGAACACUUUCUUGUCAUUGACACUCCGGACAAGCAGAGUCACUUUGUAAAGCAGGUCACAGCCUCUACAGAUAGCAAAACAUUUGGCUACUUCAUCGAUGGAUCAGAUGUGGCAACAGAAGGGCAGUGGGUAUACCAUGAUAGUCGACCAAUGACCUAUUUCGCUUGGGCUCCAGGUUACCCGAAAAAUAUCCCAGCAAACAAAGACUACAUUGUGGCAAGCAAGAACAUGCGUUUCGGUGGAGAGACAGUGGUGUGACAUACACAAAAUCCUAUGCUUGCGAGAAAGAUAUUUGAUGUAGUUGCUUGUUGGUAAAGAACAGAUCCAUAUCUUGAUGUAUUGCACCAUGACAAUUUCCGUAUACAGCACAUGCCGUUACCACAUUAGAUCGUCUAACCUACAUUCCACCCUAAUGUUCAGCUGCAUUGAUACAAUACCUGAUUGUGUAAUUAAUCAAUCAUAGAAUCAUACCAAUCAAACACGCCUAGUGUCAUUUCAUAAAUCAAUAUGGUCCUAGAUCAACGGACACACGUGGAGUCAUGAAAACAUCUGUAUACAAUUUCUAAUUGGUAAAUGGCACUCCCGAGUCAUCUUGUGAAGUUGCGGACGUGUGGAAACUGGGAAGGAUUGAGAGUGGGUUUGUGAGAUGUGUUUAAGGGGCUACUUGCUGAGGCAAAACACAAUAGAAUCAUGUAAUAGUCUGUUGGUAGUGAGAUUAGACUUUAAAGUGUUAUUUAAUGUUUAAUACAUACUACAUAAUGUUUUUCGUUCAAAGACAUAGGAGGUUGGGUAGCCUGGUGGUUAAAGCGUUUGCUCGUCACGCGGAAGACCCAGGUUCCAUUGCCCACAUGGGUAAAAUGUGUAAAGAUAAUUCCACUGGUCCCUCGCCAUGAUUCCUCUUUAAUAUAAAAGCGGCCUAAAACUAAACUUGAUCACUCUAAGAUAUCCAUGAAUGAGUCAUUCGAAAUCUCCAGUAAUUGUUGCGUUUCAAUAUUUUACAACCCUGAUUUCAUUGUAUUUUACUUGGUAAGAUGGUCACCACAGUCUACACUAUUGAGAACAUCCUUUCUUACCUGCAGCUUCUAGGAAGCCAGGUAUUGAUUUCAGCAGUCAGUUGUCCUCUAACAACACGCUGUGUCUAUCUUUUUAUCUUGAAAAGGCAUAUGAC